ACGGAGACGAACGAGAUACUCAAAAGCGUAUAUGUUGACGACCUGAUCGGUGGAGGAACAACAACGGCUGAAGCACAGAAUUUGGAGGAAGCAGCAACAAUCGUAUUCCAGGAAGCAAAGUUCCAGCUGCACAAGUGGCAUUCCAAUGAAGCUUCACUCGAAACGGAGAACGAGCCGUCAGAGCCAAUAGGAGAGGAGCAGAACUAUGCAAAAUCACAACUCGGAGUGAAAGCAGGAGAGACGAAGCUGCUUGGUUUACCGUGGAACAAAGUCGAUGAUAAGAUUGCGGUUCAGUUUCAAAAGAGCGAAGUUACAACACCAACAAAUCGUGAAGUGUUUUAA